UCGUCUUCUUCUUCCUCUUGUGUCUGGAAAUUCUUUUCUUUCUCUCGGCAUCAAUGGCGGAGGCAAGCAAUUCGAAUUUAGAAUCUGAGAGUACAGAGAUCAAAAGGGGAAAUCGAAAGCACCAAAUUUACAGAGGCGUACGGAAGAGAAGUUGGGGCAAAUGGGUGUCGGAGAUUCGUCAGCCCAGGAAGAAAUCUCGGAUUUGGCUAGGGACUUUCACCACGCCGGAGAUGGCAGCACGUGCACACGACGUGGCCCUGCUCAGCAUCAAAGGCGAUUCCGCUAAACCGAUUCUCAAUUUCCCUCAACUCGCCGGUUUGCUUCCCCGCCCGGUCUCCUUAAUGCCCAGAGAUAUUCAGGCUGCGGCAGCCAAGGCGGCGGCGAUGGUCGAUUUUGAUUCAACCAUGCCCACAACUUCGUCGUCCAACGAUGAAGAAGGGUCGGAUGAAUUGGGGGAGAUUGUGGAAUUGCCCAAUAUUGAAGAGGAAAUCAGCGCUGAGUCGUGGAACAAAUUCGAGUUGGUUGACUCGGUGGAUUGGUGGGGGAAUCCGCCGUACACAGUGGCGGAAACUGAUUUCGUUGGAGGGUUUUCCUAUCAGAGUACGAUUCCGGUCAUCUUCGACGGCGGCGAUUGGGAAUGAAAAAUAAAAUAAAUAAAUAAAUUGUCAGCCUUCCACAUUAAAGAGA